AUGUCAGAGUCUCCCUCACAGUCAGGGCUACCUAGCGAUGCAAGGACGAUACAAUGGGCUCCCAAUGUACCUGCAGUGACAGGCUCGGGCAAGCCUGGGCAAGGUAGCAUUGGAGCCUGCGACGCUUGUCGAUCAAGGAAGGUUCGCUGUCUUGCCAGUGAGAACUCUCAAUCCUCCAAAUGCCAACGAUGCGCUCGAGCCGGACGAGAAUGUGUCUACACAGUCCAUAGCAAGACACGGAGGCGGAAAAGAACAGACACAAGGGUCAAGGAGCUAGAAGAAAAAGUCAAAAAUCUCAGUGUACUACUAGAACAAGGCCGGAGUGGUGGUGGUCUCUCGACUCUGCCUACGAAAGACCAAUUGGGUAUUGACCUUGACGAGGGGAUGGAAGACGAGUACGAAGACGUGACCGAUGAAGAAAACGAGGAAGACGAGCUGCAAAUUCAAGACGCUGCUCCGUCAUCUAUGGGCGCUCAAUCGCAGAAAUUACGACCACCAAGUCAGAACCGCAAAUCCUCUGCAAAUACCUCACAAUCCCCAAAUCACCAAGGACAGUCAAGCUUUACUGUUCCUGGCUUUUAUGAUGGCACUUCCUUGGGUGACGCAGGUCACCGUUCUGAUGUAGUCGAUAGAGGUCUCUUGAGUAUGAAAGAAGCUACCGAGCUCUACGAGCGAUACGUGAAUGUGCUCGCGCCAUUAUACCCCUCGGUGAUCAUCCCUUAUGGGACCCCUGCCAUCGAAGUUCGGGAGAGCAGACCGAUAUUGUAG